CAGCAGCUGUCAUCCUGGACCACUGAACAAUACACACAAGCUCGUGCUCGUUUAAAUUGAGGAGGACACAAAUAUUGCGACCAGCAGUAUCGCAUUUCAUCCAGAAAGCAAACGGAAAGCAUAUUUGCUAGUUCAUUGUAAUGUACGGUCGAUAAGUUUCGAGUAAAAUACGACUAAAUAGACCACCUAAUCCAGCAAAACAGUUGGAACUGUGCGUAAAAGUGUUUUUUUGUGAAUGUGUGAGAGAGAAAGAGAGAGAGAGUGAGACAGAAGGAGUACAUUCCAAGCAUUUUGGACGGGUGAGUAAAGCGGAGUACCUAUAGAGUCGCUGGAGAGUAAAAGAGAAAGCAACACUCGCAAAAGUGCAGGAGCGCGGUUGAGGGCGCGAACGUGUGAGCGAGAACGGAAGACAACGAAAAACAUGCGUGCCUGAGUGUGUUUGUGUGUGCGCGGCGCGACCGACGUACAAAGGAGGAUAUCAAAAUCUUUUGCUCAGCGCGAAAGGAGUGGUGUGGUAGCGUUUUCGUACCGUGUCCGACAGUUUAGUGUGCUUUUUGGCGUGUUCGCGCGAGUAUCGAUUGCAGUGCUGGUGACCAUUUUGAAGCGAAAGACAUUAUUAAACCUCGCUGCCUGUGGAGAUCGUUUUGAAACUCUCAAAAAGAAGUAAACCCUUGCUAUGGAAGGGCUUUCGGUAGCGUCAGCAGAAGAUGAUCCGGCUGCGGAUGGAGGUGGUGGGAAUGCUGGCGGUGGUGGAGGAGCAGUACGACCGGGACCCGGAACCGGCCGAGGUGAAGAAACCCGCCGUUGCAAUGCUCCUCGCGCAGCACGACCCCCGGCAUCUAUGUAUGAAGCGAGUGGAGGAAACGUCGGCGGAGGAGGAGGCAGAGGUGGUGGCGGCGGCGGCGGUGGCGGCCACAAUCGCAAAGCUAAUCAACAACAGCAGCGACAUCAACUGCAGCAACACGGUGGUGGUGGUGGUGGUGGAAAGAAGCAGAAAAAGGCACAAAAAUGGAAGGCAAAUAAGUAUCGGGGCCGCGGUGGCGGUAAGGAUUGUCCCGCACGAGGUGGACGAAAGGAGGGCGGCGGCAAGGCAGAAGACAGUACCGCACCGAAUGGUGUAACCGGGGAAGAUCAGAUGACAGGCGGAAUGGGUGCUGCUUCCGGUGAAUCACAGCAACAACUGCAAUCGGAACCGGGUUGCUUCCAUCAGGUUCAGCAGGGAACGUCCUCCACCGCCGGUAACGCACAACAGCAAGCAUCCGGUUCGCAGACCUCCACCAUCGGACAGCAAGCAUCGGGAGCGGGGGGAGGGUCGGCCAUGCCAUCCACCUCCUCGGCCAUGCCACCGCAGAAAAACAAACACCCGAAGCAGCAGAACCUAACGCCGAUGGAAGUGCGCAACAAGCGCCUGCAGUCGGUUUCGAAAUUUUUCCUCCCGGACAAGCGUCCCCGCAAGGAGUGUAUCGUGCCGCCGACCAAAUUCCUUCUCGGGGGCAACAUUUCCGAUCCGCUCAACCUGAACAGCUUGCAGAACGAGUCGGAAAAUGCGGUCACCCCGAAAUCGUCCCCCAUACCGACGCCGCCCCACUACAAGGCGAAGAUCGAGGUGAUCAUACCGCCGAACAUUAACGAUCCGCUUCAUCUGCUCGAUCCGGUCGACUCGGUCGAGUACGAGAUGCAGCUCUGCUCGCCGAUGAAGCGCAAACAGCGGACGCGCAACAAGCGCAAACGCAAAUCACGCACCGCGACGGAACGGAACCCGGCGGACCUGUUGAUCGAUCAGCUGCUGCUACCUCCGCCACCGGGUGCGGAUGAGAACCAGGCGGGGAGCAGUGGUGGGGGCGGGAGUAGCACUGCCGGAGCAGGACCGUCCGGUGCCGGGAAAGCGGAAGAAGCAACGACCGCGGAGGAAGCGUCCUUUACCGGCAUCGGUCAGAAGUUGGCUGAUGCUGCUGCGGCAGCGUUGCUGCACGCACCGGAGGACACUAUCGCCGGUACGCAUUUCCAUUUCGGCGGUCAAUCGUCCGGCGUCGGUGGCAGCAGCUCUUCCGCGCAGGGUGGCAGUAGCAGCAGCAGCAGCUUACCGGUAGCGGAACGGAACGCUUCUUCCGGUGGUGCGACGGUGGAGCAAGAUCGUACCGACCGGGAGAAGGCGAUGCGCAACUUGAAGCUCGAUCUCGAAAGUGCCGGCGGUCGCAAGCGGCGUACGAGCGAAAGUACAAACAGCACCAAGAACAAACUGCGCCGGAUGGAUUCGAUGGAUAAGAUCGUGAGUCCGGUAAUUCCGCAACCGGGCGGUUGGAAGCGUGCCCACUGGCCACCACCGAAUGCGGGUGGAAGCGGAGCGGUCGGGAGUGCGGGGCGAAACCGAACGCGAACGUACUCCGCCGCCUCCAACACGGAUGAACUGCACGGGGAGGAGGGAACGGGGGUGGUGGGUUCCGCGGAGCAGCAUCGAGCUUCUCAAGCACACGAUAGUCAAGUACAAGAGCAUUCCGCACGUCAACCCGAUGCGGUGGAUGAUUUAACGAAGCAAGCGCUGGACCCGGCGGGUGCGAACGUACCGCAGGAAGGUGGUGACGUUGCUAGGGGAGAAUCGAUCGAAACCGGUCAGUACAGUCAAAGCGAUGACGUUGGGAUGGUAGAUCGUCCGUUGGCGUUGGCACAAGCGAGAACUCCACGGGGAAUCAAUCCCCAGCCACGGACGGCGCCGGAUGCUUCCGGAGAGUAUCACUUUGGGAAUUACGAUCGCUACUACGGUUACCACAGCCUGAACGAGUACAUCGACGUGCGGCUGAAGGUGUUUCUGCGCAACUCGUACCUGUUCCGCGAUAAGGACGUGCUGGACAUCGGUUGCAACGUCGGCCUGAUGACGAUUGCCGUCGCGAAGAUGCUGCACCCGAAGUCGGCCACCGGCAUCGAUGUGGAUGGCAAGCUGGUGGCGAAAGCGCGCAAAAAUCUUUCCAAGUACGUGCGCGUGCCGCGCACCGUUGGACGGAGAGCGAAUCGAGAGUCGACCGUGACUUCGGCUACCGUGACCUCGAUGGAAGUGAGCGAAGAGCCGGCGAAUCGGAGCGGCUUUACCCUGCCCUUGGAAUGCGAUCCGCUACAGCUCGCGGUAGGUGAUCCGGCAGGAGCAGCAGCGACUAGUCAAGCCGGCUGCGAUGAGGAAGAAUCUGUUGCUGCUGCUGCUGCUGUCACUGAUUCGGUUGCUUCGAGUGCUGCGGACACGGUCGGUGCCGAAAACCCACAACCGGGAGAGCCCGUUACGGUUGCCCUGGCUGAAGAAGAAAAGGAAACGAAACCACCGGAAGCGAUGGAAGAGCAACCGGGUGGCGAAGGACCCUCGCAGGCACCCGAGGCCGGUGACGAAUCCGUACUGCUGCUGCAACAGCGACAAAAUCGCCGCCGGAAGCAACGGAAGGCUCAGAAGCGGCGUCAGUACCAUCACCACCACCACCAUCACCAGCAGCAUCACUAUCAGCAUCAGCUGCGACGGCAGCGGACGGAACAGUCCCAGUACUUUCCGAUCUCGUUCCCCCUCACCAUGGGCAAUCUCAGCGGGAAGGUGUGCCAGAUGGAUAUUGGCCGGACGGAACACAAAUUUCCGCACAACGUUCGGUUUAAAACGAUGAAUUAUGUCCUGAAGGACGAAUCGCUGAUCAACUACGACACGCAACAGUACGAUCUGAUCCUGUGCCUUUCGGUGACGAAGUGGAUACACCUGAACUACGGCGAUUUGGGGUUGAAGAUUGCGUUCAAGCGCAUGUUCAACCAUCUGCGGCCGGGCGGCAAACUUAUCCUGGAAGCACAAAACUUGCCCAGCUACAAGAAGAAAAUCAAGCUAUCGGCUACGAUUUUCGAAAAUUAUUCUGGUAUUGAGCUGUUGCCGAUCCGCUUCCACGACUAUCUGCUCAGCCCGGAGGUGGGCUUCAGUCACAGCUUUCCGCUAGGGAUACCGCGCCAUCUGAGCAAGGGCUUCCGGCGACCGAUUCAGCUUUACAUCAAGGGUGAUUUUACGCCAUCGCAAGCAAAGUGGAGUGACACGUAUCACCCCGGCACACCGUACGAGAACCAUCGCGGUAUCUACACGGACAUUGUUACCGCAUCGCAGUCGUCGCAGGCCGGUUGCAUGUGGGGUGCGACGACACCGUACGCACCGAGCUACAGCUACCGGCAGCCCCCGACGCCCUCACACGGUGGGGGUAGCGGCAGUGGCAGCGGGUUUGCCUCCACCUCCCCCUACUACAACCCGCGCCAGACGGACAGCUAUCUGCCGAGCUACGACAACAACAUCGGGAACGGGCAACGGCCCGGUACGUACUGCUUUGCAUCGCCGCUCUACUCGACCACCUGGUCACCGCCGUCCGAUAUGCUGGCGACGAGCGGGGGUGGUGGUGGAUCGUACCGACGUUCCGCGUCCAACACACCCAACUCGGCCAGUAUUCGCAGUGCCGAUAACGAUGAGCACUACUAUGCUGGUUCGAUCGGUGGUGGCGGUGGUAACCAGCGGCGGCAUCAUGUCUAUCCACCGAUCGAUGUACUGCCACCGCUGCUCGGAUACGACGGGAUGCGCCCCGGAAGCUACCGGGGUGGUGGUGGUGGUGGUGGCGGCGGAGGAGGAGGAGGUGGUGGUGCGAUGACCGAUUCCGACUCGGAACUGUCCUCGAAUUCGGCCUCGCAAACACCUACCCGCCAGCAGCAGCUGGCCGGUAGCUUCCUGACGGACGAUCAGUCAAAUUCUCCCAGCGGUCACUCGCAGCCAGACAAGUAGUGAGAGGGGUUUUAAUAGGGUAAACGGAAAAACACGCUUCUUCUACUUACUAGACAAACAGCGCAAAUGGACGCUGUAGGGGGGAGGGGGGGUAGGAUUACGAUGGUCGAAAGAGGACGCACAAAAAAGGCGGCUAGCGAGAACGGACACCACGACGGUCGUAUGCUUGCAGUAUAUGGGGAGACGUUCUGGAGACGGGUUAUGCCGCAGGAGGGACCUGCGUACGUCCAUGACCGUGCGCUCAGCAUCCCGACACCGUGUGUGAUAAAGAUUUCAUUCGAAAACAGUGAUAAUCGUUCCACGAGAAACCAAAAAGAAGAAAAAAAAACAAAACACAAAAUGGCGGAUAGUAACGCCG